AUGUCAUGGCGUAUAUCUGAUCUAGAAAUCAUCGCAACAUAUAGGAUCGACUUGUAUAGUAAAGGUGUGGAAAAAGAAGCAAACAGCUUUGACUGGGAUCACGACUUUUAUGAUAUUGAUCGCGACGAGAAAAUCAUUUGGUCAGAUGCCAAUUCCACCAAAACAGCGGCAGACAACCUCCAGACCAAGUUCGGCGAUGGAAAAGACGGACUGAUUCCUGCCGACAACCGCGAGUCAAUCAGGCACCUCGUAUACCAACACAAGCAACAUGGAUGCGAUCUAAUGGCGCGUAUGCCAGAUUGA